GUCACAUGGCCCGGGUUUCUAUUGAAACCAGUGGGAAGAGGCUUGAAGCUCAGCCUUUAGUCCAUGUUUUGGAUGCCAAUGGCAGCAACCUGAGUGGAACCCAACAGGACGGAGCAAUGACGGAAGACAGCCUCCAUCUGAACGCGACGGCAGCUUUGGGACUGCAUGACCAGGAGAUCAACUCAGCUCUUUCUGAGUUCAAAGUGUUUAACAUUGUCAUCAUUGCCCUGGCCUUAUGUAUCCUCACUAUCACCGGCCUGUACUGCAUCACCGUCUGCUACAACCGCACCAGGCAGACAAAGAGAGCCCACGUGUAUGAGAGUGCAGUGACCCGAGGCGAGCCGGCGGACCCCGUCGCGGUCAAAGCAGUAAAAAGGUCCACCAGCUUCAUCAACCCUCUCGCCUUCUUCAGGAAACAAGAGGCAGCAAAAGACAACUCCAGGAUCUACUACAUCUACAGUAACCCGCUGCCUGUAGGCCUGAAGGAGGAAGAGGAGGAGUGCCGGACUAAAGUCUCACAAGGAGCAGAGGAGCAGACUGCACUCAUGCUGCCGCUGUCGUUUCAAGAGUACGCCAAGGAUCCCUACAGUGGCAUCACCCUGGACCCUCCGAUUUUUUACAUGCAGCUUUAGAAGGGAUAGAGUUGUGCUGUGACCAGAAAUUACCUGAAUGUCACGAAGUGGGCAGGAGAGACACUGGAAUGAAAGUUCUGUUUCUGACCCCUGCACCCGUGUCUGACAAAAAUGAUGUCACCUUGUACAGUAAAGUGGGCGCUCCAUCAAUAUUAGGAAAAAACAUAGCAAGGGAAUCUGUAACAGAAAACCUGCGUUUUAGACUGAUGUACAGUAUAAACUUUAGCAGAGUUACUAUUAAGUUGCACCAUGGGAAAUGUAGGAUGUGAAAGCUUGGCCCAUACUAGGGAUUUAACUUCAGAAUAUUCAAAUCCACUGUGGCUUCAAUGUUGACCAUUCUUAAGUUUUAUUCUGUUUUGUUAGUGUCAUGAAAGUACAAUACUGAACCUAGGUGUAAAGAGAAACAAAGUCAAUACGUCUCUGUUGACUGUUUCUGUGUGUUUUGGUGUUUUGAAUGCAAAAGAAAUGUAGCAGCAACUAUCUGACAUCACUGGUUACAACAGACUGAUUGACAAUUAGCUAAAAAACGUAUUAAGUGCCAGCAAAACCAGGAGAAGAAGACUGCAACGUAGCAAACAGGGGUGUUAACAAUGCAGGAAUUUAAAGUAAUAAUCUGAAGAUUUUCAUUUAAAUGAAAUCGAUCAGUGUGAAGUAACACAAUGGAUAGAAACCCAUUGCAUUUGCAGUAUAAAACAGGGUGUCCUGUGAAAACAUUUAGAGGAAUAGCCACAUAAUUGUUUGGUUCUCUGCAAAGAGGGAUCCAAAAACACUCCUGUAUUAUCGCUUAGGGGCCACCAAAGAGAAAGAAACAUAUUCGAACACAUAUUUGUAAUUGUAAUUAUAAAUAUUCUUAUUAUGGCACGGCAAAUGUUUUAUAAAACAAUGAUACAUGCAUUUUAGUAAGCAACACCGUUUGUACACAGGACACUCAACAGAGCACCUGAUUAAAACAUAUACAUGAUGUAGGUACAGGUCAAUGCUGCAACUAAUAAUCACGUAUAUUUCUACAGUUGUCAUUGUAAAUAUCUUUUGUGAAACCAUAUAAGGAUAGUGGUUUUUUUUUAUUUCCAAGCUGAACACAUGGCUUUCAUAGAUAGAGAUGUACGCAGUCAUUUCUUGAUUUUUGUAAUGAUCUUUAAUAAAACUGCUGAUACAAUGUGCUUUACAAAAGAAGCCAAGUGUGAGACACAGAGAAAGAUGAGAAAAAUACAAACGUUUAUCACUGCAGAGCAAUUAAUCAUCUUUGCUCCAGGGCAAAAAGGAUGGCAUUGCAGAAGAGUCUGCGCUCAGACGAUCGGCUGGGUCUCUCUGAUCAGCCACUCCAGCCCCGCCUUCCUGCCCUGCCGCUCCAACUCUGCUCCGACCACCUCCAGGCAAUUUCUGUGGUACUCGUUCACCCAGUCCCGCUGCAGGACAGAAGAGAGGCCGUCACACCAUGAACAGACUGUUUGAAGUAGUGCAUGUCAUGACAGGAAUAUCUGGGACUAUUAUGGAUCAUGGAAAGUGUUACCUUGGUUACAUUUAAUACUUUGUGGUAUUUUAAGUGUUUAUCAUCUUACCAAUAAAAGCACAUUUUCAAUGGGUGAAUUUGUAUUUGAUGGUUUACCCUGGCACAAGUACUGUAUUUAUUUGUAUACUAUACAUAUCAACUAAUAUUCUUUUAUACUAUUAUUGCAUUUGAAUACGCUUUAACAUAGAUCCCAUUUUCAUUUCAUAUUUACACAAUGUUACAUAUUUCUUAUUUCUAUUUUCCCAUAUUUAUAUAUAUUGUAGUUUAAUAGUGUAUUAUAAAGCGCAUAUUUGUACAUACAUCAUUUUAACUUUCAUUA